UUAUUUUCUGUCUAUUUUAUUUUCCUCCCCAAAGCCGAUAUUGGGAUCAACACGCUUCACUGUAAAUUCUCUACAUAUCCACAGUUGUCCCUUCUAUCUGCAUCCCAGCAAUGGCAGCCUCUAGCAGCACCACCAAUGAGGAGGAGCGUAGCCUCAGAGAAUGUGAACUCUAUGUCCAAAAACACAACAUCCAGCAGCUUCUGAAGGACUGCAUUGUACAGCUAUGUACAGUCCGACCCGAGAGACCCAUGGCAUUCCUCAGGGAAUAUUUUGAAAGACUGGAGAAGGAGGAAGCAAAACAGUUGUUGAAUCAACAGAAAUCUGGCUCUCGCUCAGACUCGCGUGAGGAGGAAGUCUCUCCUCCUCCGCCUAUGAACCCUGUGGUUAAGGGCCGAACAAGGCGUGGGGCCAUCAGUGCAGAAGUCUACACAGAAGAGGAUGCUGCGUCUUACGUUAGAAAGGUUAUUCCUAAAGAUUACAAGACUAUGGCUGCUUUGGCUAAAGCCAUUGAGAAGAAUGUGCUAUUUGCCCAUCUUGAUGAUAAUGAAAGAAGUGACAUCUUUGAUGCAAUGUUCCCAGUCACCUACAUUGCUGGUGAGGCUGUGAUACAGCAAGGUGACGAAGGCGAUAACUUCUACGUUGUCGAUCAAGGAGAAAUGGAUGUAUAUGUGAACAACGAGUGGGCGACCAGCGUUGGUGAAGGUGGCAGCUUUGGAGAACUUGCCCUGAUUUAUGGAACUCCCAGAGCAGCAACUGUGAAAGCAAAGACAAAUGUGAAAUUAUGGGGUAUUGACAGAGACAGCUACAGAAGAAUCCUUAUGGGUAGUACAUUAAGAAAGAGAAAGAUGUAUGAAGAAUUCCUUAGUAAAGUAUCUAUAUUGGAAUCUCUGGACAAGUGGGAGCGUCUCACUGUAGCUGAUGCCUUAGAACCGGUACAAUUUGAGGAUGGAGAGAAAAUUGUGGUGCAGGGAGAACCAGGAGAUGAGUUCUUUAUUAUCUUAGAGGGCACAGCUGCAGUGUUACAGCGGCGAUCAGAAAAUGAAGAAUUUGUUGAAGUGGGCAGACUGGCGCCUUCUGAUUAUUUUGGUGAAAUAGCUCUAUUGAUGAACCGUCCUCGAGCUGCCACUGUCGUUGCACGUGGCCCAUUGAAAUGUGUGAAGCUUGACCGACCCCGAUUUGAACGUGUCCUGGGUCCAUGCUCGGAUAUUCUCAAACGGAACAUCCAGCAGUACAACAGCUUUGUAUCACUGUCUGUCUGAGUUUUUUUUGCUCCCUCUCAAGUACAUGCUUCACAAAUGCAGACUGCUUUAGUCCCUUGUGCAGAGCCACACGGCCACUGGCAUUUGCAGCUUCCUGUCUGUUUAAAGAAAAAUUGCUUUCUCAAAGCACCAUUUUAAUUUUAGAGCAUUAGUUCUGUGCUCUCUCCCCCAUUCAAUAAAUAGAAAGUUCUUUGGAGACUUUUGCUGUUACUGCUUCUCUCUGUGCAAUGUCUAGUGUCCAACUUGGGCCACUGCUGCGUUGCUUUUUGGUGAAGAGAUCUCCUGGCUCCAAGCUAAUUGCCUUAGAGUAAGGAUGUAACAGUGGAAAAUAUUUUGUUUUUACAGAUACUUUUCAGGUUGUUCAAACUUUUAAGUGGUGGUCCUAAUCUGCUGUUUCUCUCCAAAAGAGACCUGCCCUUAUAAAUUGAGCUUCUCUAGAUUUCAAUUUUCUGGGUACUGUAAUCCUCAGUUCAGUCCUGAGGCAUCCACUGCUAAUAGAGCCAUAGUUGGAAGUUAGCAGUCACUCUGUACCCUUGUCUACUGGUUCAGGAUUGCUUGGUUAUGUUUUGUCAGGUUUCACGUAAAAGCUUUUAAGGUUUAUAGUUCUGGUCAACUGCUGCAAAUAUGACUUAGUUCUCAGACUCUCACCGCAACUGAUCUUUACCUGUCUUGUUAUCCUCUGUGGAGUUACUCCUCUAUAUUGUUCCUGUUCAUGAACUCGAAAACCAAACUUUGAGUUAAACACUUCACUUCGGUCACUUGUCCUUAGACUGGCACAAGAAUUGUACAGCUACCCAGCUAGUGCCAAAUAGUAAUGUUUGUGUUCCGGAUGCAGUGGAGGAAUUGGAAGCGUACCUUUAUUUUAUUUUUGCCCUGCAGCUUUUGCUUGCUACUUAUUUCACAGUUGACUCUGUCCUUCAAAAGAUUCUUUGUUAGGUUAACUGUUUGUUACCCUGGAAGCUAAUUUUGCCUGUUCACAAUCAACACCUAAUGCAGGCAGGUUGGUGCAGCUGGUAAAUGAGACGAAUGCUGUGGGGAAUGUGAGGCAGAAAAAGUGAACGUCUUGUUUUUUCCUGCUACUCAGUUUUGUGUGUGUGUGUGUAAACCAACCAGAAGUUAUUUUACAUCUUUAGUUUUCAUUUUAAAGUUAGUCUGAACACACAUACUACAUCCCCUGUUUCCUCCCCAGCUUUUCAGAUCCACGUGGCAAAAUAUUUUAGAUAUUUUUGGAAGUCAAACCUGUUGCUGAGUCUUAAAUGUAUUUCAGUAUUUACCAGCUUUGUGUUACAUUCUUCUGUGCACACCAAUGUUACCCAACAACUUUUACUGAAUUCCACAGUUAAUUAAUGUAGGCAACCUAUGGCUUCCUUUAACCUGUAAUUUAUAUACACUAGACUAGGGUUGUAUUUGGGAGUGGCAGCAAGCAUUUUUGCAUUCAUUAUGCAACUGUUUCUAAUGAUGGUUCCCUUCUUUUUUUCCUGUCUGAGGUAAUUGGACUUGGUAGACUGCUUUCCCAGCUUGUAGACAGUUUGAAAAUGUCUGCUCAUUGGACAUAAAUACAGGGUGUUAGAUCUGUGAGGUUUUGGGGAUCUUUUUUCCAGUGUCCACAAACUCCCUGUGAUGGGAUUAAGUGUAAAAUGCUUAUUGUGUGAACUAUUUUCUUUUUUUCCCCUCAAAAGACCUUUGAGUGGAGGAUUCCUACCCGUGCUCUACUGGAGUAAAGAAAACUAAUUUUGUAAAACUAUUUUCUUCAGUUUUCAGUCUAGCUAGGUUUUUUCUUCUUUUUAGUUUUGAAGCUUGGUUUGAUCUGUGUUGAAGCACCAAAAAACAAACACCUAUGUAAAAAAGUUAGAGCUCCACACAAAAAAUGCACAUUUUUUAUAUAAGGCUUUCUAAUCAAGUUUCACUAUUGCAUCUUUUUAGCUUGCUGUUUACUCCCUUUUGUAGUUUUACCUACAAGAUUUUAAGAUAAACCAGCUAAGUCUGAGUUAAAUAUUAAUCACAGUUAUAGCUUUACCUUUGUGUGCAAUUUAAAUAGGUUUGAAACCACAAAUUGGUAUAGUUUGCCUUAGCUGACAUUCAGGGCUUUAGAAGUAAUCUCUUGCUAGGCCACCUUUAGCAGAUUUAUGAAGUCUACCGCCCUAGAGAGCUAUAGUCAACUGGAGGACCAUUUUUGUAUUAUCUGACUAUAUAAGUCUGAUUUACUGUAUGUGCUAAUAUAUUAUUCCUUUUUGUUAUAGAUUGUCCUAAUGGCAGGUAAAGCAAUAAAAAUGAUUUAAAUUCUUAAA